AUGUCUAAACAAGAAGAGCCCAGUAUCUUUACCCAGAGGAGAGAGGAAAAAACCGGCACCCUAGGCCACACAGACCGCCUCCAGUCGUGGGAUGAGACACGUUCGUCAAAAUCCACAUCGCUCAGCUCUGGAGAGACUGCAGACGCAUCCAAUGCCGCCCUUGAACCUCCUGCCACGCAUCCAGAGCCAGCCAAUGCUCUACUAGCAGGCCUAGCACAUGCAUCGCCAGCGCCAAAGCAAGUACAAGCAGAACCAGAGGCGGCCUGGACCAGCCGAGACAGAAAAGCCAAUCAGGCCCCUCCUGGCUCGGGUUCAAAGCCCCGCCAUCAUGGAGACCAGGGCCGACGAGCAAACGGACGACCCCUCACUCCGUACUUUUUUCUCGUCGCCGGCCUGCUGUUUUUCAUCAGUCUCCUUCUUUUCUUCCGGCAGUUGAACAACAAUUCUACUCCAUCCAUCUUACGAACCACAAAAGAAACGGUCUCCAUCCCCGAACCAGAAAUCAAAAUGGCUACCGAGCAGACCUUCAUCGCCAUCAAGCCUGAUGGUGUCCAGCGUGGCCUUGUCGGCCCCAUCAUCAGCCGCUUCGAGAACCGCGGCUACAAGCUGGUUGCCCUGAAGCUCGUCUCUCCUUCCAAGGAGCACCUCGAGACCCACUACGCCGAUCUCAAGGAGAAGCCUUUCUUCCCCGGUCUGGUUCAGUACAUGCUGAGCGGCCCCAUUGCCGCCAUGGUCUGGGAGGGCCGUGACGCCGUCAAGACUGGCCGUGUCCUCCUCGGUGCCACCAACCCUCUGGCUUCCGCCCCUGGCACCAUCCGUGGUGACUUCGCCAUCGAUGUCGGCCGCAACGUCUGCCACGGCUCCGACAGCGUUGAGAACGCCAAGAAGGAGAUUGCUCUCUGGUUCAAGGAGGGUGAGGUCAUCAACUACCAGAGCCACAGCGCUUCCUGGAUCUACGAGAAGGCAUAA